GUGAGCAUUUAUUCAUUUAAGAAGCCAAAAAAAACGAGAUAAAACUGUUCAGUUUUUGAUCAAUUUUUGAGUUUUUUUACUAUGAAUUUUUCCAUUAUCUUCGGGCGGGAAGCUGAAAAUUCCACAAAUUCAUUUCAUGGAAAUUAGGGCUCGUGAAUUCGUCUAGAGCUCAGCAAGUUCAUUUUCUUUCCUGCUAUUUCCGUUCACCGACUUUUGGAAUUACAUGAGAAUUGAAGUGAAAAUAGUCAGAAAUUGCUGAAAAAAUGGCUCUCCGGAAGGGCUUCAAAGUGUGGGUGGAAGACAGGGAUUCGGCCUGGGUUGCGGCGGAGGUUGUUGAUUUCGUCGGAAAACAAGUUCAGGUCAUAACCGCCGCCGGGAAAAAGGUGGUGGCGGCGGCGGAGAAGCUGCAGCCAUGCGAUGGAGAGUCAGAACUGGGUGGAGUGGAUGAUAUGACCAAAUUGACUUAUUUGAAUGAGCCUAGUGUUCUGGAUAACCUUCAGAGAAGAUAUGGUCUUAAUGAAAUUUAUACAUACACGGGAAGCAUAUUGAUCGCAGUCAACCCAUUCACCAAGCUUCCUCAUCUAUAUAAUAUGUACAUGAUGGAGCAGUAUAAGGGGGCUCCCUUUGGUGAAUUGAGCCCCCAUGUAUUUGCUGUCGCUGAUGCAUCCUACAGAGCGAUGAUGAGUGAGAAACGUAGUCAGUCUAUUCUAGUAAGUGGAGAAAGUGGUGCUGGAAAAACUGAGACGACAAAGUUAAUUAUGAGAUAUCUCACUUAUGUUGGUGGCCGUGCUGUAGAGGAUGAAAGAAAUGUUGAAAAACAAGUUCUGGAGUCAAACCCACUUUUGGAGGCAUUUGGGAAUGCAAGAACCAUUAGGAAUGAUAAUUCAAGUCGCUUUGGCAAGUUCGUUGAGAUCCAGUUUGAUUCAAAUGGUAGAAUUUCUGGGGCUGCAAUCCGAACAUAUCUCCUGGAGCGGUCUCGUGUGGUUCAAAUCACUGACCCUGAGAGAAAUUACCACUGUUUCUAUCAGUUGUGUGCAUCUGGCAGGGACACUGAGAUGUACAAGCUAGAUCAUCCUAGCAACUUUCAUUACUUGAAUCAGAGUAAAGUUUAUGAGCUAGAUGGGGUAGACAAUGCCGAAGAAUAUGUGAAGACAAGAACAGCAAUGGAUAUUGUGGGGAUUAGUGAGGAUGAACAGGAAUCAAUAUUUCGAACUUUGGCUGGAAUUCUACAUCUUGGAAAUGUAGAGUUUUCUCCUGGAAAAGAGCAUGAUUCUUCGGUUGUCAAGGAUCAGAAGUCCAAUUUCCAUUUAGAAAUGGCUGCUGAGCUCUUUAGGUGUGAUAUUAAUCUUUUGCUGGCCACACUUACAACACGUUCCAUACAAACUCGCGAGGGGAUAAUUGUCAAAGCACUGGACUGUAAUGCUGCUGUAGCUGGCCGUGAUGCAUUGGCCAAGACUGUUUAUUCUCGGCUGUUUGACUGGCUUGUGGAUAAGAUCAACAGAUCUGUUGGACAAGAUCGUGAGUCUAAGUUACAAAUUGGAGUCCUGGAUAUUUAUGGAUUUGAAUGCUUUAAGAUAAACAGCUUUGAACAAUUUUGCAUCAACUUUGCAAAUGAGAAGCUCCAACAGCAUUUUAAUGAGCAUGUGUUUAAGAUGGAACAGGAAGAGUAUCAGAAGGAACAAAUCAAUUGGAGCUACAUUGAAUUUAUUGACAAUCAAGAUGUUCUGGAUUUGAUAGAGAAGAAACCAAUAGGCAUAAUUGCUCUUCUUGAUGAAGCUUGCAUGUUUCCAAAAUCAACUCAUGAGACAUUUUCAAACAAGCUAUUCCAGAAUUUCCGAUCCCACCGACGUCUAGAGAAAGCCAAAUUUUCUGAAACAGAUUUUACCAUCUCUCACUAUGCUGGCAAGGUGAACUAUCAAACGGAGACAUUUAUUGAUAAAAAUCGUGAUUAUGUUGUGGUCGAACAUUGCAACUUAUUAGCCUCUUCCAGAUGCCCUUUCAUAGCUGGUCUCUUUCCACCUUUACCUGAAGAAUCUUCUCGAUCAUCGUACAAGUUUUCAUCAGUGGCCUCUCGGUUUAAGCAACAACUCCAAGCUCUCAUGGAAACACUCAGCUCAACUGAGCCUCACUACAUUCGAUGUGUGAAGCCAAAUUCACUAAAUAAGCCUAACAGAUUUGAGAACUCGAGCAUCUUACACCAGCUGCGCUGUGGGGGUGUAUUAGAAGCUGUUCGUAUAAGCUUGGCAGGAUAUCCCACACGCAAGACAUAUCAUGAAUUUGUGGACCGAUUCGGGAUAAUUUGCUUAGAUAUCAUGGAUAUUGGUUAUGAUGAUAAAACCAUUACUGAAAAAAUACUUGAGAGACUGGGGCUUGAGAACUAUCAGUUGGGUAAAAGAAAAGUUUUUCUUAGAGCUGGUCAGAUUGCAAUAUUAGAUUCACGACGAGCUGAGGUUUUGGAUGCUGCCGUCAAGCGCAUUCAGGGUCGCCUGCGAACAUUUCUUGCUCGAAGGGAGUUUGUUACGAAGCGCGUUGCUGCACUUUCUCUACAAGCAUGUUGUAGAGGUCAUCUUUCUCGAAAUAAUUUCGCUGUCAUGCGUGAUACAGCUGCUGCCAUCAUAGUUCAGAAAUACUUUCGGUCCUGUUUUUUCAGGCAUUUAUAUAUGCAACUUCAUUCUGCUUCUAUACUCAUACAGUCUAGUAUCCGUUGUUUUUCAACUCGCCAGAAGUUUUUGUAUAGAAAACAAGGCAAAGCUGCCACUGUUAUUCAGGCUCAUUGGAGGAUGUGCAAGAUCCGCUCUAUCUAUCGUAAUCGUCAACAUAAUAUCAUUGCGAUACAAUGUCUUUGGAGGCGAAAGUUGGCAAAAAGAGAACUUCGGAGGCUUAAAAAGGAGGCUAAUGAGACUGGAGCAUUACGUAUAGCAAAAGGCAAGCUAGAAAAGCAAUUGGAGGAUCUGACUUGGCGAUUGCAACUAGAGAAAAAAAUACGGGCAUCCAAUGAAGAUGCGAAAUCAGUUGAAAUUUCAAAGCUUCAGAAGACUGUUGAGUCCCUCAUAUUGGAACUAGAUGCAGCAAAACUUAGAGCUCUUAAUGAAUACAAUAAGAACAUGGUCCUACAGAGACAGAUUGACUCCUCAGCUAAAGAAAAAUCUGCCUUUGACAGAGAAACAGACUCUUUGAGCAAACUGAGGAAUGAAAACUCAGUUUUAAAGAGUUCCCUUGCUGCAUUAGAAGAGAAAAACUUAAUGCUGGAGUCUGAACUUGCCCGAACCAAAGAAGAGGCAAAUACUACUGUCACGAAGUUGCAGGAAGUUGGAAAUACAUGUUUACAACUCCAACAAAAUCUGCGGAGCAUGGAAGAAAAGUUAUCGAACCUAGAGAAUGAGAAUCAUAUCCUGCGCCAGAAGACAUUAACCGUGACUCCAAGAACCAGUCGGGCAGGAUUUGCCAAACCUUUCGUUGAUAAAAUCUCCAAUGCCGUUGCUCUUUCGUCCACUGACCAGAAAUCUUAUGAAUCACCUACUCCAUCCAAAAUUAUUGCACCCAUCUCCCAUGGCUUUUCAGAUAGCCGCAGAGCAAAGUCAGGAAUCGAAAAGAAUCAGGGGAACUUAGAUAUCAUAUCACGAUGCAUUAAAGAAAAUUUGGCCUUCAAAGAUGGAAAACCAGUAGCUGCUUGUAUUAUCUACAAAUGCCUCCUCCAUUGGCAUGCCUUUGAAUCUGAGAGGACUGCUAUUUUUGAUUUCAUCAUUGAGAGCAUCAAUGAUGAAUUGAAGGAGGGGGAUGAGAAUGCUGUUUUGCCGUACUGGUUAUCUAAUGCAUCUGCCCUUUUAUGCCUUCUGCAAAGAAACCUGCGGUCCAAUGGGUUCUUGACAUCUGGUUCUCAACGUUCUGCAGGGUCAGCAGGGCUUAAUGGGAGACUCAUGCAAGGCCCAAGGUCAUCUUUCAAAUAUCAUGCUUUGGAUGAUGGUUUAUCCCAUAUGGAAGCUAAGUAUCCUGCUAUAUUAUUUAAACAACAAUUGACUGCAUGUGUGGAGAAGAUAUUCGGUUUGAUACGUGAUAAUUUGAAGAAAGAAAUAUCUCCAUUGUUGGGCCAAUGCAUUCAGGCACCAAAAAACCAGCGAGUUCAUGGUGGCAAGUCUUCCAGGUCACCUGGCAAUGCUCCCCAGCAAUCACCAAGCAGUGAAUGGGAUAGUAUCAUCACUUUCUUGGAUUUGCUGAUGAGUCGAUUACGUGGAAACUAUGUUCCAUCAUUUUUUAUCCGGAAGCUCACCACACAGGUUUUCUCCUUCAUCAAUAUACAAUUAUUCAACAGUUUGCUGCUGCGACGUGAAUGCUGCACAUUCACAAAUGGUGAAUAUGUCAAAUCUGGUCUGGCUGAGUUGGAAAAAUGGAUAGUCAAUGCAACAGAGGAGUUUGCAGGAACUUCUUGGCAUGAGUUGAAUUACAUUAGGCAGGCUGUUGGAUUCUUGGUAAUACAUCAAAAGAGGAAGAAAUCUUUGGAUGAGAUAAGACAGGAUCUCUGUCCGAAAUUGACAGUGCGGCAAAUCUAUCGAAUAAGCACAAUGUACUGGGAUGAUAAGUAUGGGACUCAGAGUGUGUCAAAUGAGGUGGUAUCUCAGAUGAGGGAGAUAGUAAAUAAGGAUUCCCAGAAUGCAACCUCAUCAAAUUCAUUUUUAUUGGAUGAUGACCUGAGCAUUCCAUUCUCCACCGAAGAUGUAUAUAUGGCGAUUCCUGCAAUUGAACCUUCCGAUAUAGAGCCUCCAAAGUUCUUCUCCGAAUACCCUUCUGCUCAGCUGCUGCUGCAGGCUGUGAAGUAAAAGGUCCACCACACAUUGCAUUGCUUGUGCAAACCUUGGUUUUCGCCUUCCUGUAAACGAAGUAGGCCGACUGCUACUGUAGGUUAGGAUGUUGGAUUUGUUUGUACAAAGGAUUUUAGGUAGCAAAUUUGCUCGAAAAGCUAGAGUAUAAUUUUGUCCAAGCUUUGGCCCUUUUUGAGCAAUGUACAUGAUCAAUCUUGUUGUUAAAUGAAGCAUAUUGUAUUCAUCUAAUGCUACUUGCUUUCAUAUAUCUCAAGCUCUUUAUUUUGCUUGUUUUA